GGAAGAUCGCCGAGGGGAGCGUCAGGCCUGGAAACCACUUGGCAAGCGGUCGUACCUGGUUGGUGCCUUAUAACACAUCACUUUCCUCAAAGCAAUGAUAGAGGUCCUCAAUCGCGUUGUCUCUUGGAAGACUUUUCUUCUCGUCGUCAUUGAUACAAUAGCACAUCGCACGCACAAGUCACCACCAUGUCUGCUUCCUCCUCGUCUUCCAGCUCCACACUCGCCCGCGAACAGGCCAUUUUCGAUGAGCUUGACCUACCCCUGAAAGCAGGCUCCGCCUCUGAGGUACCAGGCAUCUUCGACGGAGAUUGGAGAAGAGGUGAGGCAGAUCACACUUUGAAGAGCUAUGAUCCCUCCACUGGCAGACUUAUGGCCACCGUGCAAGGCGCCUCUGCUGCACAGGUCAGCUCUGCCCUCGGAGCUGCUCAAGCAGCCUUCAGAGUGUUCCGCAAGCUACCAGCGCCUGCCCGAGGCGAGGUGCUAAAAGACAUUGCCGAUGCCUUCACCCUUCAGAAGGACGCGCUCGGCGCUCUCGUCUCCCUUGAGAUGGGCAAAAUUCUGACCGAGGGUCGCGGCGAAGUUCAAGAAGUCAUCGAUCUAGCUGCUGUGGCCGUGGGUCUCUCCAGGACAAUGGCCGGCUCCUACCUACCAUCCGAACGUGCCGGCCAUGUGCUCAUGGAGAAGCCCAAUCCCUUGGGCAUCGUGGGGGUCGUAACGGCAUUCAACUUCCCCGUUGCGGUGCACGGCUGGAACUUCUGCAUGUCCUUCAUAUGCGGUAACGCAACGGUAUGGAAGCCUGCUCCCUCUACGCCGCUCACCGCUAUUGCCACUACAAAGCUCAUUGCGUCCGUGCUCAAGAAGCACAACCUCCCGACUGCACUUGCCACCCUGGUCGCUGGGGAUGUCGAGACGAGCAAAGCCCUCUGCGAGGACGAGCGAGUCCCGUUGGUCUCUUUCACGGGUUCAGAGACGAUCGGAAGAAUCGUAGCACAGACCGUCGCCAAGAGGCUGGGAAAGUGUAUCCUGGAACUGGGCGGCAACAAUGCCGUGACCGUCCUCUCGGACGCCAACCUCGACCUUGCCAUCCCCGGUGUGGUGUUCGCGGCCGUGGGCACUAGUGGACAGAGAUGUACCUCUUCCAGGCGAGUCUAUGUGCAUCGCGACAUCGCCGAUAGAUUCCUGCAGCGCCUUGUUGGUGCGUACGAGCAGAUUGCCAGUAAAGGCCUCAUCGGCAGUGCGGUGCAUGAUCCAAAGGCCCUAGCCGGACCACUGCACUCCCCCACUGCGGUGGCAAAGCACAAGGAGACUCUCGCAGCCAUCAAGAGUCGCGGUGGUCGGAUCCUCUUCGGCGAGUCGACCGCCGUGCAGGACCUGCCAAGUCACCUUACCGGAGGCAAUUGGGUCCAGCCCGCCAUUGUCCUACACUCCAACUCGAGCGACGAGGCCUUUGCGGAAGAGGUCUUCUGUCCCAUCCUCAACGUCUACAUCAUCUCCUCACUCGACGAGGCCAUCGAGCUCAACAAUGAUGUGCGCCAAGGGCUCAGCUCAGCACUUUUCACGAAUGACCACGUCAGUAUCGGCAAGUGGCUAUCGGCAGAGGGGAGCGACACUGGCAUUGUGAAUGUCAAUGCGGGAACGAGCGGUGCGGAGGUCGGCGCUGGAUUUGGAGGCAACAAGGCUACCGGCUGGGGCAGGGAGUGCGGAGGCACCGCCUGGCAUGCCUACUGCAGCUGGUCUACCUCCGUCGUCAACUACUCUAGAGAGCUGCCGUUGGCUCAGGGCGUGAAGUUCCACUUGUAGAGGCGCGAUGGUCAAUUGGUCUGCAGCGCGUAAAUUUUUGUAGCCCAAGCAUCUCAUAGUGAUUCCUCGAAAUUUCUCGAAGAGUAUUCAGCCACUGUACAGCAUCGACUGCGAUACAACCAUUCACUUCAGCAGCAGGGGAAUCCUUAGAAUGUACAAUCCAUCCCUGCGUCGCGUUCCUCUCAGAUCCAGAGAUCUCCCCGACCAUCGCUGACAGUGCUCGUGAGGUCGCCAAGACCAUCAGG